GGCAGCCUCUGCUCCAUAGCUCAAGGGGGUAGGGAUAGCAACUGCUGGUCACCCUCUGGGUCAGUAGCCCUUUUGUGUAAGUGCCUGGCAGUGAUGACUCAGCCAGUGAUGACUUCCAAGCUCAGCACAGCUGUGGCCCAGCCGAGAGGAGGCUGCCCUCCUCAACCCUCCCCUCAGGCUGUGUCAGAGGUUGGGGCCAUGCACCCUGCAGGCUUCUGCCUGGCCUGACCCUGCUGCAGGGGUGCUCCUCUGUCCACAGUCACAGCUGAGAUGGCAAGUCCAUGGAGCUCCUCUCUGCCCAGCUGCCUUCCCCUGCUCCUCUUCCUCCUCCAGCUGUCGUGGAGUACUGCAGGACAGUUCAGAGUAAUAGGACCAGGUCACCCACUCCGGGCUCUGGUGGGGGAUGAGGCCGAGCUGCCAUGUCGCAUCUAUCCCGGGAAGAACGCCACAGGCAUGGAGGUGGGGUGGUACCGACCCCCCUUUUCCAGAGUGGUCCACCUCUACCGCAAUGGCAGGGAUCAGGACGCAGAGCAAGCACCUGAGUAUCGGGGGCGGACCGAGCUGCUGAAGGAAAGUAUGGGCGAGGGGAAGGUAACGCUCAGGAUCAGCAAUGUUCGGUUCUCUGACGAGGGCGGCUUCACCUGCUUCUUCCGGGAUCAUUCCUACCAGGAGGAGGCAGCCAUGGAACUGAAAGUGGAAGAUCCCUUCUACUGGAUCAACCCUGGAGUGCUGGUUGUGAUCGCUGUCCUCCCUGUGCUCCUCCUGCAGAUCGCAGUGGGCCUGGUCUACUUCUGCCUGCAGCACAGACUCAGAGGAAAACUUCGAGCUGAGAUAGAGAACCUCCACCGGACUUUUGACCCCCACUUCCUGAGGGUGCCCUGCUGGAAGAUAACGCUGUUUGUCCUGGUGCCGGUUCUUGGGCCCCUGCUUGCCUUGAUCAUCUGCUACAACUGGCUUCAUCGAAGACUAGCAGGGCAGUUUCUUGAGGAGCUAAGAAACCCCUUCUGAGUGAUGCUAUCUUGGCAAGGGUGGAGGACAGCCUGCUCGGUCCAAGGACUGACCUCAGGGCCUGGCACCCACCAAGUCCUACACUCACAGACCUCCUCACUACGGGGCAUCCAAUCUGCAUUUCCAGGAAUGCUCUGAAUUCCAAAUGGGACUGAGUUCUCUUCCCCUUUUUCACAGCCCACACCUCUCUACUCUCUUACUCUUCCACCUGGAAGCCCUCCAUGGCCAUGGCCAGGCAGGCACCCCUCUCUCUGAUGGAUACCUGUGCUGGACAGUGACACAGGCAGGAAGGUCGAGCACCUCCCCACCCCCCAUUGCAAAUUCCAGCAUGCCAACUUCAGAGAUGGUGGUUGUUUACUCUAAGAUGUCAGUCCUGAGAGGUGUGAGGGCUGCAGGAGCAGGAAUGGGAAGCACGGGAGCUCAGUGAGGAUGGUGCUGGAGCACUGUGUGGCCCCGUGGGGAGCAUCAGAACACAGGCCUGACCCCCAUGUCCUGCAUAGCUGGGUCCCCCAGGCUCCACCCCCUCUGGUCCUUGCUCGCCCAUCUCAUACCUGUCCAAGCAUCCACUGUUUCCUCCAGCGAUUACUACUUGAUGUCUAUCAGGCAAAGAAACAAGUCAGGUGAUAAUUAUAGUAAUACGAAUUUCUGUGUGCACGUCUCA